AUGGUCAGGAAGCGGAAACAAGACAACGACGAAGGCGAAGUAACGAGGUGUGUAUGCGGCAACGAGGACCUGCACUUCAGUGCGGCAGCCAAAAGAAGCGGUGCGGAUCCCGGCCUGUUUAUCCAGUGUGACAAGUGCCACGUUUGGCAGCACGGGUACUGCGUAGGGUUUUCGAGAGCCAGCGAAGUGCCCGAAGUGUACUACUGUGAAAAAUGCAAACCUGAGCUCCACAUCAUUGUCGUGCGUCCUAAUGGUCGUACUUCGCGGUAUAUACCUUACGAGCGUAAACAAGGGAGGAUGCGGAGGUCCUCCUCGGCUUCCGAUUCCGAGCCUGAGAUUGGGAAUGAGAAGGAACGACGAUCUUCUGCAGACGAGAGACGCCGCCGUACCCUCAAUUCACGCGAGGAUGUGAUUCUACAGCGCGUGCUGGAGCAGUCAGCUCAGGAGGCCCUGGAGGCUGAGCGAAUGCGGGGAUCGGGAAAGACACACCGCGGUGCUGAAAAGGCCGAAUCAGACGAUGAUGAAGGCAACGAGUCUCAAAUCCAUGUUUCCGACGAUGGAGAAGAAGAGGCACCCGCCGAUUCCGAGGACGAUGGUGACGCUGAAGACGAGGAUGUUGAGGACGAGGGAGAAGCCGAGGCCAAAGCCGAGACCGAGGCCGAGCCAAAAGAGGAAGAAGCCGGCAGUAAGCGAGAAGCCUCGCCUGAGGAAACUAAAGAGGCUGAAUCACCCGAGCCUCUGCGAAAGAAAAGAAAGCAGGAGCCAAAGGGCCCCGGAAAACGACGCGGCCCGCCAGCGAAAAAGGCCGCGGUCCCUUCGCCCAUCCAACUAUCUAAAAAGUGCAAACCACGAAUCCCCCCUCCGCGCUCAACGCUGGCCGAUAUGCGCAAACGGGUUCAAGCGAUCAUUGAGUUCAGUGGACGUACCCAGAUCGAAAUGCUGAAAGAAGCUGAGGCCCGUGACGCCUUUGUAAAUGAUCAGCGAAGCCGCGGAGCCAAGAGCACUGCCGAUGCCAUGGAAACGCUUUGCAUACAACACAAAACUAAUAUCCAGUCCCUCGAAGCUCUGACUAGAAAUUUGCUUCAGUGGCAGGAGCUUUAUGGGUAA